UAUUUACAAUUUUAUAUUGUAUACUAAUAGUGAGCAUAACUACCAACUUCAUAUAGUAUAUUGAAUUAUUUUGCUCCACGCAAGGGCCAUUUAGUUACUAGCCCAUUAAAGUAAUCUCCUUUUUUGGAUGAUUUACGGUAAUCCCCCGCGACUACCCGGAUGAAGGCUGCAUGUGUCUUUUUCGCAAGCAGGACGAUCUCAACUAUGGCCCGGCACAAAUUCAUCGACAUUGGCGUGAACCUGACCGACCCCAUGUUCCGAGGGAUCUACAGAGGCAAACAGAAACACCAAGACGACUUCCAUGACAUCAUCGACAGAGCCGUCGACGCGGGCGUUGAAAAGUUCGUGAUCACCGGAGGAAGUCUGGAGGACAGCGAGGAGGCCGUCAAGCUAGCCCACCGCAGAGAUGGGUUCUACUGCACGGUGGGCUGCCACCCGACCCGGUGCGGCCAAUUCGAGGAGGGCGACGGCGCCUCGGAGUAUCUGGCCCGGCUCCGGCGUCUGGCGGCGGCCAACCGAGCGAAAGUGAUCGCCGUCGGCGAGUGCGGACUAGAUUUUGACAGGUUGGAAUUUUGCCCCAAAGAGAUCCAACUCAAAUACUUCGAGAUGCAGUUUGAUCUGGCCGAGGAGACCAAGCUUCCCAUGUUCCUGCAUUGCCGUAACUCCCACCGGGAAUUUGUGGACAUCAUGAGGAGGAAUCGAGACAGAUGCGCGGGUGGCGUCGUCCACUCGUUCGACGGGACCGCGGAGGAGGCCGCCGCCCUCGUCGAGCUGGAUCUCUACAUCGGGAUCAACGGCUGUUCUCUGAAAACCGAGGCCAACGUCGAAGCCAUGAAGCGCAUUCCCACCGAGAGACUGAUGAUCGAAACGGACGCUCCCUGGUGCGGCGUCAAGACCACGCACGCCAGCUUCAAGUAUGUCAAGACCACUUUUCCCACCAAGAAGAAAUGGGAGGCUGGGCACUGUCUGAAGGACAGGAACGAGCCCUGUCACAUCAUACAAGUUCUGGAGGCGAUGGCGGCGGCGAGGGAGGAGGACCCGCUGGAGCUGUCCGGCGCCAUCUACGACAACACCAACCGAGUCUUCUUCUCAUCUGCGGGAUGAUUCGAGGCCGAGACGGACACAAUUCAACGGCGCGCUUUAAACAUAAAACUGUUGACAGAAAAAAACCGAUUGUGUCACCAUGUUUUACAUAAUUAUGCUAUCAUACGUUGAAUUAUUUUCUCUGGGAGUGAGAAACUGUGAGCCAUGGGAUUCAGGGUGACGUCUGUUGCCGCCCUCUAGUGGCAGAAUGUGUCUAAAACUCGCUGGUACCUGCAUUUAGAGGGGUUUGCGUGUCCUCCCCUGCGCUUGUGUGGGUUUUAUUUGG